AUGCAGGUGUCCUUUGCGUGCACGGACCAUGGGCUGAAGGCCCCACGCAACGGUGAGCACAGUAAACAGAACACUACAAGCCCCAACACUACCAGCCAGGCCCGCGCCCGCUUUCGCACCGUGGCCCUAAUAGCUCGCAGCUUGGGCUCCUUCACCCAUCGUUACCAUCACAACCUUAAGGAGUCCACUGCAAAGCUCACCGGCAUGAAAUACAGGAAUCUUGGGAAAUCUGGGUUGCGUGUCUCCUGUCUGGGCCUCGGCACGUGGGUGACAUUCGGCGGUCAGAUCUCAGAUGAGGUGGCCGAGCAGCUGAUGACGAUCGCGUACGAAAGUGGGGUCAACCUGUUCGACACGGCAGAGGUGUACUCAGGCGGGAAAGCAGAGAUAAUCCUGGGCAACAUCAUUAGGAAAAAGUGCUGGAGGCGAUCCAGUCUAGUGAUCACCACAAAACUCUACUGGGGAGGAAAGGCUGAGACAGAGAGAGGCCUCAACAGAAAACACAUUAUUGAAGGUUUAAAGGGUUCCCUCCAGAGGAUGCAGCUAGAGUAUGUCGAUGUGGUUUUCGCUAACCGACCGGACAACAACACUCCCAUGGAGGAGAUAGUGAGAGCCAUGACCCAUGUGAUCAACCAGGGCAUGUCCAUGUAUUGGGGGACAUCACGGUGGUCUGCUAUGGAAAUCAUGGAAGCCUACUCCGUGGCCAGGCAGUUCAAUCUUAUUCCACCAGUCUGCGAGCAGGCCGAGUAUCAUUUUUUCCAGAGGGACAAAGUAGAAACACAGCUUCCGGAGCUCUACCACAAAAUUGGUGUAGGUGUGGUCUCCUGGUCUCCUCUGGCUUGCGGCAUCAUCACUGGGAAAUAUGACAACGGUGUGCCAGAGUCCUCCAGGGCUUCCAUGAAGCCAUACCAGUGGUUAAGGGAGAAAAUAAUGAGUGAGGAUGGAAGAAAACAACAAGCCAAGCUGAAAGAAUUGGCUCAUAUAGCAGAGAAGCUCGGUUGUACGUUACCCCAACUGGCUAUAGCGUGGUGCCUAAGGAACGAGGGAGUGAGCUCAGUACUGUUGGGAUCUUCGAAUCCGAGCCAGUUAACAGAGAAUCUUGGUGCCAUUCAGGUGAUUCCUAAGAUGACAGCGGGUAUCGCCUCAGAAGUGGAUCACAUACUGGGGAACCGUCCGCACAGCAAAAAAGACUACCACCAUUAG